CGGAAGUCGUCAUCAUCUCGACUCCGCUCGAGUUCAGCAUCUGCUCGUCUGUUUUUUUUAUUUAACACAAACACAUCAAAAAUGUCUUCUUCCUCCAACCUGGUAGCCAUGAAAAAAGUGGUGCAGCAGCUCCGUUUUGAGGCGAGCAUAAGCAGAGUGAAGGUUUCCCAGGCAGCUGCAGACCUACAGCAGUUUUGCAUGCAAAAUGCCAUGCAGGACCCUCUGCUCACUGGUGUGUCAUCCAGCACCAACCCCUUCAGGCCGCAGAAGGUCUGCUCCUUCUUGUGAAAAUUCCCAUAUUCAUUGGCCUUCGUAGAGAUACUCCAGGGAACUGUGACUUUAAUACUACUCCUCAUGCCAAGCCAUUAUACUGCCACGGGAUGUCUGAAGUGUAGAAAACAUUGGAAUCAUGUCGGGAAGAAAAUAUAUUUUCUGCCAUAGUAGUUUAAAAAAUAUGGGACAGCUAUAUUUUUCAUGGCACAGUGUGAUUUUUAAGUAAAUUUGUGUGCCUUUUCUAUCAUUCUGUUGUAGGGAUCAUUGUUCUGGACGUUUUUGUAUUUAAUAAAAAAAACAUUCUUUACUACUCAAA